UAGUUGGGCAAAGAAGAACCUUCACAAAUAUCGAAAAAAUGUCAUUGAGCCAUUUGGAGUAGAAAGAGUCGGCUCAUAUUGGUGAGACGAGUUGAGUCUUAUCAAAGUCCGUGAUACAACACUUUUAUGAGUGUGAGGACGAGUGUUUGAGAGGUCACGGUUUGUGUUUAGUGAACGCUUCUCAAUAUGAGGGAAAUCAUUCACAUUCAAGUUGGUCAGUGUGGGAAUAAAACUGGCGAAAAGUUUUGGGAGGUGAUCAGUGAUGAACACGGAGUCAACCCGACCGGUACCUACUACGGUGACAGCGACCUGCAGCGGGAGCGGAUUAACGUGUAUUACAACGAAGCCACUGGUGGAAAGUAUGUUCCCCGGGCUGUACUGGUGGACUUGGAGCCAGGGACCAUGGACUCCAUAAGAUCUGGUGCUUUUGGCCAAGUGUUCAGACCAGACAGCUUCGUGUUUGGUCAGAGUGGGGCUGGAAACAACUGGGCCAAAGGGUAUUAUACUGAAGGUGUUGAGCUGGCAUACCCGGUGCUGGAUGCUGUGUGUAAGGAGGCAGAGAGCUGUGACUGCAUACAGGGCUUCCAGCUCACUCACUCCUUGGGUGGGGGCACCGGAUCGGGCAUGGGCUCGCUGCUCAUCAGUAAGAUCCGUGAGGAGUAUCCUGACAACAUGAUGAGCACGUUCAGUGUUGUGCCGUCUCCUAACGUCACAGACGUUGCGUUGGAGCCCUACAACACCAUUCUGUCUAUUGAACAUCUGGUGGAGUGCAUUGACAAUGAAGCACUUUAUAACAUCUGUUUCCGCACUUUAAAGCUCACAGCUCCCACUUAUGGCGAUCUCAACCAUCUUGUUUCUGCCACCAUGAGUGGUGUAACCACCUGGCUCAACGCUGACCUGCGAAAACUGGCUCUCAAUAUGGUGCCCUUCCCUCGUCUGCACUUCUUCAUUCCUGAUUUUGCCCCACUCACCAGCAGGGGGAGCCAGCAGUACCCUGCGCUCACCGUGCCUGAACUAACACAACAGAUGUUUGAUGCCAGGAAUAUGAUGGCGGCCUGUGAUCCACUUUAUGGCCGCUACCUGGCUAUGACUGCUAUCUUCCGGGGCCGCAUGUCUAUGAGCGAGGUGGAUGAGCAUAUGCUCAAUGUGCAAAACCCAAACAGCAGCUGUUUUUUGGCAGGGAUCCCCGACAGUGUCAAAACAGCUGUAUGUGACAUCCCACAAAGAGGGUUUACGACGGCUGCCACCUCGAUUGGCAACAGCACAGCCAUCCAGGAGGUGUUCAGACGCAUCUUGGAGCAGUUCAGAGACUUGUUCAGGAGAAGGUACUUCCUGCAUUGGUACUUAGGAGAAGGAAUGAAUGAGACCGAGUUCACUAAGGCAGAGAGCACCGUGGGUGACCUUGUGUCUGAGUACAUACAGUACGAGAAUAUCACAGCUAAAGAGCAGGGAGAGUUUGAGGAAGAGGCAGAAGAGGAAUUUCCAUAAAGAUAUGUUAAUGUUCAUGUUAAUAUUUUCACAAUUUUUGUCUUUCGGGUUCCUUGAUAUAAAUGUAAAGUUCAAUAAUAAUAAAUGUUUAACUUGGGCAACUUGGCUCAUUCUUUGCUUAAAGAUGUAAUCAUAAAUCAAUAAAGUUCGGUUAACAGCUCCACCUGUGUACUUUCUAACUUUCUAAUAAAUGUUUAA